AUAGAUUAAAUUGGUCCCUCUCCUGCAACGGGAUUUAGAUCUUUCCCAAAGUACACAGACUCUGAAAACAGACUUUUUCAGAGUAAUACAGAGAAACCAUAGAUUUCUUUUAAGUACAGUUAUUGGUAUGCAAAUAAAUGGGUUGCUGCUCAUGAUGUCACAAUUCCACUAUCCAACAAUGACCAUUUAUUACUAUUUUGAAAAGUCUAGCAUUUUAAAGGUAACAUUUUUCCCCAUCUUGCUUGUAUGAAACUCCAGGAAGUUACCGAAGUGCAGGGGACAGAGGGAACUUGUCCUGUCCGUAUAGACUUCUAAUGUUUUAUUCUCUUCAGUUUCUCACAGUUACCAGAGUCUGGUCAUUUUUUCAUUGUUUUAUUGGAAUUGUAAUUGUUUGGCUGGGAGAGGAAUGAAGUUGCUUAGGACUGAUGCAUGGAGAAGAGAGACCAAAUCUUCCUUGAGUGUGUGUCUUGGUGUCUUUCUGGUGCUUAGUCUGCCUGGUUCCCAAGCCACUGUCUUUUGGGUUGCCCACCUAAACAUUUCAUUUCAAGUAGGGAAUGAGACAGUUUGGGAACUAUCAGACAAUGGAGUAUUUGGAAGAAAUUCUCCACUAAAGAAGGUAUCUGGAGUAGUGGUGCCACCAGACGGACCAAACCAAAAUGCCUGCAGCCCCUUCACAAGCUUCAAUAAGCCUGUGAAUGCAGAGACCUGGAUAGCCCUCAUUAUGAGGGGCCAUUGCACCUUCACAAACAAAAUAAAAGUGGCAGCAGAGAAGGGAGCGGUUGGUGUGAUCAUCUACAACUAUCCAGGGACAGGUAAUGGAAUGUUUCCUAUGAUUUCUCUGGGUGCAGAAGAUAUUGUUGCAGUUAUGAUUGGCAGCUUGAAAGGCCUGGACAUCUUACGCCUGAUUCAGAAUGGCAUCAGAGUAACAGUAGAAAUAGAAGUAGGGAAACACUAUGGCUCCUGGUUUAAUCAUUAUUUGGGAUCCCUUGUCAUCUGUACACUGGUCACAGUUGCCUAUUUUACCUUUUGCUGUGCUGGACGACUGAGAACAGCAAGAACUCGGAUCCAGAGAUGUCAGCAAUUGAGGCAUGUCAAGAAAGCUAUUGGUAGUCUUGAGCUUCGCAUAUUAAAAGAGAGUGAUAAGGAAGCUGAUUCAGAUGGAGAGAGCUGUGUUGUGUGUUUAGAAGCAUACAAGUCCAGAGAUGUUGUGCGCAUUUUGCAGUGCAGCCAUUUUUUCCAUGAGAAGUGCAUUGAUCCCUGGCUCCUACAGCACAGGACAUGCCCAGUCUGCAAAUGUGAUAUUCUCCAAACUAAAGUGAUGGAGGCGCCUGUUAAAAAUGAAGCAGAGCCUUUUUCAGCUGUAUUGCCAAAUGAAGCUCCCAACAACACCUUGCUUAAUGAAGAGGAUAAUCAUAAUGACUAUGUGCUAGUACGAGGUACAGAGAGACCAUCUGUAGAUGAAUAACUUUAAAAGCUGACAGUCAAACCCUUUUCUCAGCCGUUCAUGUCUGCUCUGAUGUGAACUCCCAGAGUGUAAAAUGUCAAAAUGAAACUCGUAUUCCUUAAAUAAAGUCCUAAAUAUGGUGGCAGUCAAAAAUCUGAACUCUAUAUUUUUAGAACAAAUAGCCAAAGUUAAGUUUGAAUGUCUUUGAAAUAUAUAACAGAUGAAUAUGAAUGAGCUUGGCAUUAGUAGGUGAUACUGAAUGUGUUUUGUUC